GGGAGCACCUCCGGACCUAGCAGAGUGGAGCUGAGGGAGCCGGCGGGCCGCUCGACCCGCUGCAGACUUCGGAGAUGACUGGGAUGAGGAGACCACCUUCUCAAGGCAAAAGAAAAAGGAGGUGACAGGCCUUGAGACCACUGAAGGGAAUCCAUGGCUAGGAUCAGUUUUUCCUACCUCUGCCCAGCCUCCUGGUACUUCACUGUGCCCACAGUGAGCCCAUUUCCCCGGCAGCGGGUGGCAUUCCUAGGACUCUUCUUCAUAGCCUGUCUCCUUUUACUUAUGUUAAUUAUGGACUUUCGACAUUGGGGUGCUUCAUUACCACGAGACAGGCAAUACGAAAGGUAUUUGGCUCGAGUAGGAGAUCUUGAAGCUACUGACACUGAAGACCCAAAUCUAAAUUAUGGACUUGUGGACUGUGGCAGCAGUGGCUCUCGGAUUUUUGUUUAUUUCUGGCCAAGACAUAAUGGGAAUCCUCAUGACUUGUCGGACAUCAAACACAUGAGAGACCGUAACAGCCAACCAGUGGUUAAAAAAAUCAAGCCAGGAAUCUCUGCAAUGGCAGACACUCCAGAACAUGCCAGCGAUUACCUUCGUCCUCUGCUGAGCUUUGCUGCUGCUCGUGUGCCUGUGAGGAAGCACAAGGAGACCCCCCUUUACAUCCUCUGCACAGCAGGCAUGAGGCUUCUCUCCGAGAGGAAGCAGUUGGCUAUCUUGGCUGAUCUAGUGAAAGAUUUACCUCUGGAGUUUGACUUCCUCUUUUCUCAGUCUCAGGCAGAAGUGAUCUCUGGGAAGCAGGAAGGGGUUUAUGCAUGGAUUGGAAUCAACUUUGUUUUGGGAAGAUUCGACCAUGAGGAUGAAUCAGAUGCCGAGGCUCCCCAGGAAUUGGCAACAGGACGCAGAAGGACAGUAGGGAUACUGGAUAUGGGAGGAGCUUCUCUCCAAAUUGCUUAUGAAGUUCCUACCUCAACUUCUGUCCUUUCUCCACAGGAAGAAGCUGCGAAGAUCUUGCUGGCCGAGUUCAACCUGGGCUGUGAUGUGCAACACACUGAACAUGUGUAUAGGGUUUACGUCACAACCUUUCUGGGAUUCGGGGGCAACUUUGCCCAGCAGCGCUAUGAAGACCUUGUGAUGAAUGAAACUCAACAAAACAGGUUGCUGGGCCAGAAGACAGGUCUGAGUCCCGACAAUCCAUUUCUAGAUCCCUGCCUGCCUGUGGGAUUCACAGAUGUGGUGGAAAGGAACAGCCAGGUCCUUCAUGUCCGAGGAAGAGGGGACUGGGUGGCUUGUGGGGCCAUGCUGAGCCCGUUGGCUCGCUCCAGCACCAGCCAGGCCUGGCUGAAUGGCAUCUACCAGUCACCCAUUAACUUCAACAACAGCGAGUUCUACGGUUUCUCUGAGUUCUUCUACUGUACAGAGGAUGUGUUACGCAUCGGUGGCCGCUACCACGGGCCAACAUUUGCCAAGGCUGCUCAGGAUUACUGUGGCAUGGCUUGGUCAGUACUCACUCAGAGAUUCAAGAAUGGCCUCUUUUCAUCACAUGCAGAUGAGCAUUGACUCAAAUAUCAGUGUUUUAAGUCAGCUUGGAUGUACCAAGUUCUUCAUGAAGGAUUCCACUUUCCCUAUGACUACCCAAAUCUGCAGACAGCCCAGCUGGUCUAUGACCGAGAGGUUCAGUGGACACUGGGAGCCAUUUUGUAUAAAACACGCUUCUUAUCACUCAGGGAUCUACGGCAGGAAGGUGCUCGACAGGCCCAUGGUAGCUGGUUCCGUCUCUCCUUUGUGUACAACCACUAUCUUUUCUUCGCCUGUAUCCUGGUGGUGCUACUGGCCAUCAUCCUGUACCUUCUGCGGCUGCGCCGAAUUCACCACCGACAAAGUCGAGCCUCAACCCCAUUGGACUUACUGUGGAUUGAGGAGGUGGUGCCCAUGAUUGGGGUACAGGUUGGGCCAUGAGGCUGGACAGGUUCUAGGGGAACUCAAGUAUUCAGAAUUGCUGCCCAUUGAAUUCCACCACUUUCUGGUACUGGCCUCAGAUGCUGCUUUGCCUGACUUUGUGGAUAUUUGGCCUUGAAAUUUCUACUUUAAUACCUACUUUAAUUCAUUCUCAAUAUCCAGGUCCUCUUCUCUGAGAGAAGCUGUGAUUUAGCCUGUGAAGAACUAAAUGAGAGAUUGGUGCUAACAAAGGGAACCAACUUUAGUCCAAUUGAAGCAUGCUUCUACUCCUUUAUCUGAGUGAUUUGGUGUGCU